AUGUCUGUGUACGAAGAACCGCUUUCAAGCCCUAACAUGGCAAGCUCUAUUGUGUACAUGAGUAAAAUUUGACAGUAUCAUUCAAGAUGAUGAAUUCUUAAAUAACUUUAAGAUGAAACAAUCGCAACUCACAAUGCUAGAUAAAAUAAAGCUCUCCCGAGAAGUUAGUGAAUAGAGCAUUCUCUCUUAAGAUUCGGAUGAAUUUGAAGCCAAAUAAGGAUUUAAAAACAAGGUCUGGAAGGAUAGAGCCUUGAACAUUAUAGUUCUUGUCGCUCGAUUUGUUACUUAUCUAUUGACUAAUUCGGAUAAAUUUAAAUUACGUUAUUUAGACCACAGGCAAUUCAAAGUUAUUGGAGAUUAAGCUUCUGAUUUUAACUUUUAUUUAACACAAAAAUUAAUUAGAGGCAAGACUAAGAAAGGUUCAAUAGUAAAUUAUCUAAUUAUUCUAAGGAAUUAAUAUAGACAAAAAUUAAAUAGUACCUCGGCUUUUUUCAGGUUUUUUCAUCAAUUAUUAAACCAAUAAAACCUGAUAAUUCAUAUAAGCUUUAUUGGGAUGUUUUAGUCUUUUUCAUACUUCUAAUAAACAUCCUCUAUAUACCUCUUAAGAUUUCAUUUGAAAUAAGUGUGGUUGAUGGAGCAAAUUUAUUUUUAGACACCUUGCCUUAAUAUGUCUUUGUAUUUGAAAUAAUGCUAAAUUUUAAUGUGGCCUAUUACUCAAGAGGAGUGUUAGUAUUGAAUCGAGGAUAGAUUUUCAAACACUAUUUGAAAGGCAAAUUUGCUCUUGAUUUUAUAGUUCUCAUACCGUUUAUGAUCGGUCGAUCUAAUGUUCCAUAUAUAGAAUUUGUGUUGCUAUUUAGAGUGUCCAGAGUACUUAAUUGUAUUAUCCUUUAAGGUUAUGUAUAUUUUCGAAAACAUUGUUGAAACUAUGAAUCUCAGAGUAAAUUUUGCAUCCGCUGUUGAUAUAAUCUCAUUGAUGUCAACUUUCUUGUUUGCAUCACACAUUAUAGCUUGUAUUUGGCAUUUCAUAGCAAUCUAAGAAUCAUCCUUUGAAGAAAACACAUGGAUUCAAAGAGCAAAUUUGGUCGAGGAUAAUUGGUAGGCCAGAUACAUUACAAGUUUUUAUUGGGCUUGUAUAACAACAUUGACCAUUGGUUAUGGAGAUAUUAUACCAGUAUGAGUCUCAUAAUUAUCGAAUAGGUUACUCAAUACGAGAAGAUAUUUGUAAUUUUUGUAACUCUUUUAAGUUCAAUUAUAUUUGGAUACACAAUUUCAAGUAUUGGGUCUAUUUUUGCUUAAAUGAGUGAGAAUAAAAAUUAUUUGAGAGAUAGAAUGACAGUGAUUGAUUCUUUUCUUAAGAAAAGAGGAUUGAAUAAGGAUUUGUAAGUGAAAGUAAAGAAGUUCUUUGAAUAUUUUUUGAAACAAGAAAGAGAUUAAGAAUCAGAAUGUGAAAAACUGAUGUAUCAUUUAUCUGGAAGCCUAAAUAAGGAAGUAAAGAUUGAUUUUUACAAAAAUAUGUUAUGUGCUUCUAAAUUAAUCAGGCAAAACUUUUCUGCUCAAUUCAUUGAAAAGUUGUGCAUUCUAGUUAAAGAAUAAUCAUUCGUGCCAGAAGAAAUUAUCUCUGUUAAAGGGUAAUUACAAAUUAAUGAUUAGAUAAAAAGUUGACAAGAUUUACUUCAUACUCAAAGGAGAAGUAGAAGCCUAUAUAAGUAACAAUAAAACCAUUAAAAUCUAUUCGAGAAAUUAAGCUAUUGAUGAAAAGUCAUUCAUUUCUCAACACCCAGCUUUGUUUUCAACCAGAGCAAUUAAAUUCUCAAAGUUAGCCUACAUUACAUAUGAUGAUCUACAAGAUCUACUCAAAUAUAAUCAAGAAGAUAGAGAACACUUCUACUAGGUUAAACAUCAAAUAGAGUUUGGUGGAAGAGUCAAAAUGGGAGGAUGUGAAUUGUGUCAUCAGAAUCACGAUUUCAUCAAAUGUCCUUUCGUAUUCUAUACACCAAAUAGUUUAAGAUUAUUUAAAAAAAAUGAUCAUGAUGAAAAGUAACAUAGAGUGUAUAAAAUGCGGUCUAGAUUAGAAGAGAGACUUCAUAAUGUAAUGUAAAUUAAUUACUAUUUAAUAGAACUCCUUAGGAUAAUUAAGAAACUAAUAAUCUACAGUAUUUAACUACUGCGCAUAUUAAGGAUUAUUAAAUGAGAUUGGACCCAAUUCAGAAUUCAUUAUAUCAAACAAAUUCAAUUUCUAAUAGGAUUCUGCUUAUGAAGAUAUGGAACCUAGUUUGACUAAUUCUGAUAAUGAAUCAGAGUAUAAACCAAUUAAAUCUUAAAAUCAGUUACAAAUUCGAAGAGAUUCGAGAAGGAAAGUCUCAGAUAAUAAUAAAGAUUCUUAAUCUAUGAAAUCAAAAAAAAAACAGACUAGAAUUUCUAUUUAAAAAGUGGGUUAAUAAAAUAGAAACUCCGGCUAAAUUGAGAGAGAAUAUGUGCAAUAAGAAAGAAAAUAUAAAUCCAGUGCUAAAAGAGCCACCUUAAUCUUAAAUUAGAUGAAACUUGAAUAAAGUGAAAGGGCAGAUGAUGACCCUUUACAAACCCAGUUUUAAUAAACAAUUGCUCUUACAUUAUAGACCCAAUAAUAACAAGGAUAAAUAACACCCUAAGCCUAGCAUUCAGCACAACUUGUGAGAACAUUUGAUGUGGAUCAAGUACAAUUUAUUGAAAUGGAUAUUGCUAAAAUUAUGGCAUCUAAAGAAUGCGAUAUUGAUACACAAAAAUAAAUGGAAUUUUAUGACACUCGAUUUAAUUUGGAAAUAGUAGUUGGGAAAUUGAAAAAAGUAAAUAAAAAGUUACCAUUAAAACUAAAGAGAAAGAGAUUGAGAAAAUCAUUUGCAAGAUCUCAAUCAAUAAAGCAUAUUAGCUAAACCAAAUCUUGA